CUAAGUCUUCUUUACCAAAUCCUCAUUUCAUACGAUCUUUUGGGGAUCGGAGGUUUCCAGCCAUGGCGGAUGAAAAACCACCAGUUGUGGCAGAGAAGACCUUGCAUCCUACCUCUCUCUGUAAGACCACUUCAAUAUCAAGAACAUUAAGAUCUAUCCAGCCAGCCCAUUACUUAUUCAAGGUCGAAUCUCUGUCAGUGCUUCUGAACACAGAUAUUGAAAAAUAUGAAUCAGGUUCAUUUGAAGUGGGUGGCUACAAAUGGAGCUUGUGUAUCUACCCAAAUGGGAAUAAAAAAAGUGACGGGGAAGGUCACAUCUCCCUCUAUUUAGAAAUAUCAGACGCUCAAAAUCUUCCUCUUGGGUGGGAGGUUACUGUCAACUUCAAAUUGUUUGUGUUUAAUCGUAUACAUGAAAAGUACUUAACUGUCCAAGAUGCUGAUGGGAAGGUAAGGCGCUUCAAUGCGAUGAAGACUCGAUGUGGGUUUGCUCAGUUUCUUUCACUGGAUGUUCUCAAGGACCCUUGUAAUGGAUACUUGAUGGAUGAUUCUUGCAUUUUUGGAGCAGAGGUUUUUGUUAUUAAAUAUAGUGGCAAAGGGGAGAGUCUUUCCAUGAUAAAGGAUCCUGUCGAUGGUACUUUCACUUGGAAGAUUGAGAAUUUCUCCGCACUGAAUCAGGAAGUCCUAUACUCUGAAAUAUUCACCGUAAAAGAUUUCAAAUGCAGGAAGUUGGUUCUCUACCCCAAAGGAAAUAAUAAGGCAAAGAACAAAAGCCUGUCCCUCUUUCUAGAGCUGACUAAUCGUGAAACACUUCAUCAAAGGAAAUUGUAUACUGCAUUCGAGUUGUUGAUAAAGGAUCAAUGCACUGAUGAAAAUAUUAAGCCAUCGCAUGAUAAAUCAAAUGCUAAGGUUUGGUUCUGUGACACAAUCGAAAAUUGGGGUUUUCCUAAUAUGGUAUCUCUGAGUGAUCUCAAUGACAAAUCCAAAGACUUCUUAUUAAAUGAUAGUUUGAUAGUCGAAGCCAAGAUUUCGCUCAUGAUGCAUUCGAAGAAUAUCUCAUCAACCCCUUCUGCAGUUUUCUUCCCAUCUAAGUCUACUUUACCAACUCAUUUCAUACAAUCUUUUGGGGAUCAGAGGUUUCCAGCCAUGGCGGAUGAAAAACCACCAGUCGUGGCAGAGAAGACCUUGCAUCCUACCUCUAUCUUUAACAGUACCACUUCAAUAUCAAGAACAUUAAGAUCUAUCAAACCAGCCCAUUACUUAUUCAGGGUAGAAUCUGUGUCAGUGCUUCUGAACACAGAUAUUGAAAAAUAUGAAUCAGGUUCAUUUAAAGUGGGUGGCUACAGAUGGAGAUUGUGCCUCUACCCAAAUGGGAAUAAAAAAAGUGGUGGGAAAGAUCACAUCUCCCUCUAUUUAGAAAUAUCAGAUGCUCAAAAGCUUCCUGUUGGGUGGGAGGUUACUGUCAACUUCAAAUUGUUUGUGUUUAAUCAUAUACAUGAGAAGUACUUAACUGUCCAAGAUGCUGAUGGGAAGGUAAGGGACUUCAAUGUGAUGAAGUCUCGAUGUGGGUUUGCUCAGUUUCUUUCACUGGAUGUUCUCAAGGAUCCUUGUAAUGGAUACUUGAUGGAUGAUUCUUGCAUUUUCGGAGCAGAGGUUUUUGUUAUUAAAUACAGUGGCAAAGGGGAGUGUCUUUCAAUGAUAAAGGAUCCCGAUGAUGGUACUUUCACUUGGGUGAUUGAGAAUUUCUCCACACUGAAUGAGGAAGUCCUAUACUCUGAAACAUUCACUAUUAAAGAAAUCAAAUGGAAGUUGAGUCUCUACCCAAAAGGUAAUGGUAAAGCAAAGAACAAAAGCCUGUGCCUCUUUCUAGAGCUGGCUGAUUGUGAAACACUUCAUCAUCAAAGGAAAUUGUAUACGGAAUUCGAGUUGUUGAUAAAGGAUCAAUGCAAUGAUGAAAAUGUUGAACCAUCGCAUGUUAAAUCAAAUGCUAAGGUUUGGUUCCGUGACACAAUCGAAAAUUGGGGUUUUCAUAAUAUGGUAUCUCUAAGUGAUCUCAAUGACAAAUCCAAAUACUUCUUAUUAAAUGAUAGUUUGAUAGUCGAAGCCAAGAUUUCGCUCAUGAUGCAUUCGAAGAAUAUCUCAUGAUGCAUUCAAAGAUCUCAAAUUGCAAAAGUAUGAUGUCCUUAUUCUAAAAUACAUUAUGUUUAUACCAAGGUAUGUAUCGCAUUAUAGAGAAGCGGAGAGAUAUUACCCUGCUUUAACUCAUGGCAUGGUUUGCCUUGUUUGGUUUAAGUUGAAAUUAUAUUUCACUUCUAUUUUGCCAA